AUGGCGACGACUUCCGGUACGGAUUUUCAGAGGAGUUCUUCGGUCGAUGAGAAGACGUUGUGCGGCUGUGGUGGCUGCGCGAGGCGGUCACACGCGUUAUUGACUUCAGAACGUGCCACAAUCUCAUCAUGUGAAAAUCGUUUUGGGGGAGGUCACAUGACAUCAGGCGUCCAUUAUUUCCAGUUUCUUUUGUCUCAGAUAUUUGACUUGGGGCAUUUUGGUGGGCUUGAGUUUGGUAAGGUCUACAUGCAGCUGACACACAUCAACAUCAUUGGUCACUACACAGCACUACAAGACAUCACUCUUACAGCACCUCAACAUCAUUGGUCACUACACAGCACUACAAGACAUCACUCUUACAGCACAUCAACACCAAUGGUCACUACACAGAACUACAAGACAUCACUCUUACAGUACAUCAACAUCAUUGGUCACUACACGACACUACAAAACAUCACUCUUACAGCACAUCAACAUCAUUGGUCACUACACAAGACAUCACUCUUGCAGCACAUCAACAUCAUUGGUCUCUACACAGCACUACAAGACAUCACUCUAACAGUACAUCAACAUCAUUGGUCACUACACAACACUACAAGACAUAACUCUUACAGCACAUCAACAUCAUUGGUCACUACACAGCACCACAAGACAUCACUCUUACACCACACCAACAUCAUUGGUCACUACACAGCACCACAAGACAUCACUCUUACACCACACCAACAUCAUUGGUCACUACACAACACUACAAGACAUCACUCUUACAGCACAUCAACAUCAUUGGUCACUACACAAGACAUCACUCUUGCAGCACAUCAACAUAAUUGGUCUCUACAGAGCACUACAAGACAUCACUCUAACAGUACAUCAACAUCAUUGUUCACUACACAGCACUACAAGACAUCACUCUUACACCACACCAACAUCAUUGGUCACUACAUAGCACUACAAGACAUCACCUUUACAGAUCAUCAACAUCAUUGGUCACUACACAGCACUACAGGACCACUCUUACAGCACACAAACAUCAUUGGUCACUACACAGCACUACAAGAGAUCACUCUUACAGCACACAAACAUCAUUGGUCACUACACAGCACUACAAGACAUUACUCUUACAGCACACAAACAUCAUUGGUCACUACGCGGCACUACAAGACAUCACUCUUACAGCACCUCAACACCAUUGGUCACUACCAAGCACUACAGGACAUCACUCUUACAGCACACCAACACCAUUGGUCACUACACAGCACCACAAGACAUCACUCUUACAGCACACCAACACCAUUGGUCACUACACAGCACUACAGGACAUCACUCUUACAGCACCACAACAUCAUUGGUCACUACGCUGCCCUACAGGACAUCACUCUUACAGCACACCAACAUCAUUGGUCACUACACCGCACUACAGGACAUCACUCUUACAGCACACCAACAUCAUUGAUCAUCAACACCAUUGGUCACUACACCGCACUACAAGACAUCACUCUUACAGCACACCAACAUAAUUGGUCACUACGCAGCACUACAAGACACAUCAACAUCAUUGGUCUCUACACAGCACUACAAGACAUCACUCUAACAGCACAUCGGCAUCAUUGGUCACUACAGAACACUACAAGACAUCAUUCUUACAGCACAUCAACAUCAUUGGUCACUACACAGCACCACAAGACAUCACUCUUACAGCACACCAACACCAUUGGUCACUACACAGCACUACAAGACAUCACUCUUACAACACAUCAACAUCACUCUUACAACACAUCAACAUCAUUGGUCACUACACAGCACUACAAGACAUCACUCUUACAGCACUUCAACAUCAUUGGUCACUACACAGCACUACAAGACAUCACUCUAACAGCACAUCAACAUCAUUGGUCUCUACACAACACUACAAGACAUCACUCUAACAGCACAUCAACAUCAUUGGUCUCUACACAACACUACAAGACAUCACUCACAUCAACAUCAUUGGUCAUUACACAGCAUUACAAGACAUCACAGUUACAGCACCUCAACAUCAUUGGUCUCUACACAGCACUACAAGACAUCACAGUUACAGCACCUCAGCAUCAUUGGUCUCUACACAGCACUACAAGACAUCACAGUUACAGCACCUCAACAUCAUUGGUCUCUACACAGCACUACAAGACAUCACUCUUACAGCACCUCAACACCAUUGGUCACUACACAGCACUACAAGACAUCACUCUUACAGCACACCAACACCAUUGGUCACUACACAGCACUACAAGACAUCACUCUUACAGCACACCAACACCAUUGGUCACUACACAGCACUACAAGACAUCACUCUUACAGCACAUCAACAUCAUUGGUCACUACACAGCACCACAAGACAUCACUCUUACAGCACAUCAACAUCAUUGGUCACUACAGAGCACCACAAGACAUCACUCUAACAGCACAUCAACAUCAUUGGUCACUACAGAGCACCACAAGACAUCACUCUUACAGCACAUCAACAUCAUUGGUCACUACACAGCUCCACAAGACAUCACUCUUACAGCACAUCAACAUCAUUGGUCACUACAAAGCACCACAAGACAUCACUCUAACAGCACAUCAACAUCAUUGGUCACUACACAGCACCACAAGACAUCACUCUUACAGCACAUCAACAUCAUUGGUCACUACACAGCACCACUAGACAUCACUCUAACAGCACAUCAACAUCAUUGGUCACUACACAGCACUACAAGACAUUACUCUAGCAGCACAUCAACAUCAUUGGUCACUACACAACACUACAAGACAUUACUCUUACAGGACAUCAACAUCAUUGGUCACUAUACAGCACUACACGACAUCACUCAGAGAGCAGACAUUAAGUAG